UUUCCUUCGUUUCCAAACGAAAAAUCCGAUUCAAAGUUAACUGAAAUUUUGAACAAAAUAGUUCAUAAAUCGAUUAAUUGAAGCUGAUAAUUCAGUAGCAGGAUCACUCUGUUUCAAAAUUGAGCUUAAUUUCAUAAAUCGAUUGUAAUUUGUUUUUUUCCUAUUUUCGUUUUCGAAUUCGGCUUAUAUGUAUCAUCUUUUGUUCGGCAAGAAGCUUUGGAGGUUAUGGCGUCCACUGUCAAAGAAGCUUCGGAGCAAGAGCAAGAGCAAGCAGCCCCAAGAUUGCAGAUUUACUCCACCUCUGAUACUCUAUCAACUUUCUGGAGAGAAAAGUAUGAAAAAGAUGCCAGGAAGUACUGGGAUGUGUUUUACAAGCGGCAUCAAGACAAGUUCUUUAAAUCUCGGCACUACCUGGACAAGGAGUGGGGCAAAUAUUUCUUGGGCGCUGGGCGGAAGUUAUAUUAGAGGUUGGCUGUGGAGCUGGAAACUGUUUUCCCACUGGUUGCGAUGUAUGCAGAUGUUUUUGUCCAUGCAUGCGAUUUUUCAACAACAGCUGUUAACUUGGUUAAGUGUAUGCCUCUUCAUAUCUGAAGAAAUUUGUGGAUUCCUCUUCCCCAGCCAAAUGGUUGUGUGCUGUUUCGUGACUAUGCUACUGGUGACCUUGCUCAGGCGUUGGGUUCAAGCCGUAUUCCGCCUUUCAGAUGAUACAAACCCCUCUACCAAAACAGAAGCAGCAACCGAAGUAGAUCAUCUUGGUCAAGAGAAAAUCGUGCUAGAGGUCAAUGAGAAGAUCUUGAAGAAACCUGUGAAUGAUUUGGAGGUUGACAUUUCUGACGGUGUAGUGAUGGAAAUGUCUGGUGUCUUACCUUCCAAUGACAACGAGACUAGCAUUCCAUACUUUCAGCUGCAUCCAAAUUCGGGUUUAAGCUAGUCGGUAAGUGGCCUAUAGAAAUUCCUACUUCAUCACAAAGCAUCAUCAAAUCUUGGUUCAUGGUUCGGAGCAUGGCGAAAGGGGAGCAUUACCAUAUCCUGUACUUCCACAUGGAGCGGAAUUUUUCGACUCAAUAGUUAUAUUUUUUUUCUUCUGUUACGACGAAUUAUAUCAAGAAAUACAGUCAAGGUUCAACAUUCCAGACAUUUUUUUGUUGUUGUCACAUUGCAGCAUUUGCCUUCACGUAUGUUUUUUCCCCCUUAAAUUCUAUUUGGCAACAUUAUCAAUUGUAAUUGUAAAGCAUUCUUUAUCCUUUGAACGAAGAUCUGUAAUUUUCUUGUAAUUUGUUUGAGUUGCCGUCGAGAGCAUUGGAUGA